AUCCAUGCAUAACCAUACACCUGCACUUUAAGCGAGAGGCAAAUUAAAGACAGACUUCCACGCCAUUUGCCGUUCCAGUUUCCUCAAGCUCUCCGUUUGAUACAGACCUCAGCUAGCAGCUCACGAGUCACGAGCUCGCACGUCACGCGCGGAUCGCGAGCCGCAGCCAUGUACACCCUCACCCCGCGCUGCCACCUCCCGCCGCUCCGCCAGUCGCUGCCGCCGUGCCAGGCCGCCUCGACGACGACGUCGCCGCCGCCGCCGCUGCCGUCAUCAUCACUGUCCGCCCGGUCGCGCGCCGAUCCGGACGAGCUGCGGUCGACGUGGCCGCAGCGGGCGUGGACGCUGGCGGGCUCGGCCGCCAUCCUCUCCUCCCUCUCCACGUCCGCCUCCCUCGUCGCCGCGGGCUCGGGGGGCUCCGCCGCCGAGCCCCUCGCCGCGGCGCUGGCCGCCUACUCCCUCGCCGACCUCGCCACGGGCGUCUACCACUGGUUUGUCGACAACUACGGCGACGCCGACACCCCCGUGUUCGGCGCCCAGAUCGCCGCGUUCCAGGGCCACCACCGCUACCCGUCCACCAUCACCCGCCGGGAGCCCUGCAACAACCUGCACGCCCUCGCGCGCGCCGCCGCGCUCGCGCUGGUCCCCGCCGACGCCGCGCUCUCCGCCGCGUCCGCGCCCGCGGCGGCGCACGCCUUCGCCGGCGCGUUCGCGGCCUGCGUCGUGCUCAGCCAGCAGUUCCACGCGUGGGCGCACGAGAAGCGCCGCCGGCUGCCGCCCGGCGUCGAGGCGCUGCAGGCCGCCGGCGUGCUCGUGUCGCGGGCGCAGCACGCCGCGCACCACCGCCAGCCGUACAACACCAAUUACUGCAUCGUCAGCGGCAUGUGGAACGGGGUGCUGGACAGGUACAGGGUGUUCGAGGCGCUCGAGAUGGUUGUCUUCCUCCGCACCGGCGUCCGGCCGCGGUCGUGGGACGAAACGGGCGCCUCGUGGAUGGAGGUCGCCGGAGACGAUGUGGCCGCCACAGCCGCCGCCGGCGACGAUGGCUUGUUGCAGACGGCGUCGAGCAUCAGCUCUGACUGACGUUCUCAUUUGGAGGAACAAUGGUGCUAAGUAGGCUGGAGAGAAACACAAUCAAAGAAAGUUUUUAGUUUUUUUUUGGUUAAUCCCAACAGUAUAUAUUCUUUCCUGUUAUUUUCUCCUGUUCUGUGUAAAGAUUGUGUUGUAAUACUGUAGCUAGUCUGGGAAAGAGAAAGAUUGGUGAUAUUUGAAAUUCGAUAUCAAAAUGCUUUUCCUAUUGUGCUCUAGAA